UACUACGAACGGGACACGGUGACGAAGUUCAAGUCUAUUUUUAAACCUGCCUGGUAGCAUGUAGGUGCAGACAAGAGUCUACGACCCUUUCUGCUAUUCUGAAGCUAUGGAUAUGGCUGAUGUCUCUGUCCCAGUUCAACGUCAGAACUGUUUUUGCUCCCCAACGAAUACUAUGGGAAGACAGAGAAGCCUCGAGCUGUUUUGAAGAUUGUGCAACGAUGCUUGGGAACCUACCUGCUUUUGCUUGAGUGCUUUCCUCACAUUUCACAGGAUGCGACAGGAAGGGAAAUACAACCGAAUCGGACGGCCCUGGUAAUUGGACUCAAAUGCUUCAAAUGCCCUGGGGGUGAGUUAAUUCAUUCAGCUGAGGCGAUUUCAUGCCAGAAUGCAGUCUUCAAACAAGAAGGACGAUUGCACUCCCUGUGCCGCGCAUAUGCAUGGUGCCUGCCUGGCAGAUCGACUGCUGCGACAAAGAGCCAUGAGCCACUCCAGACACAUGGGCAAGAUAAGGAAAAGGCUGGAAGAGAUCAAGAACCAGUGCCCGAAGCUGACAAAAGCAGAUUUCAGCCACAACGAAAGUAUAAGGUUGGCCACCGAUGCCUUCUUGGAUGGUGGGACAGACUCCUACCUCGAAACUUUAAGCAAAGAGGGUGAGGUGGAUUUCCUCUCCUCAGUGGAAGCUCAGUACAUCAAGGAUAAUGCCAGGGAGUCUUUUUAUGCACAGGAGUCCGUAGCUGCCGACGGGGCGGCUGCACCAAAGCAGAACGAUGCUGGGUCGCUCCCUUCAGGGACCUACUUCCCCACCAUUUCUGACAGCAGUGAGCCAGCUCUGCUGCACACGUGGAUUACAGCAGAGAAGCCUUAUUUAAAGGAAAAAUCCACUGCCACUGUGUAUUUCCAAACAGAGAAGAACAGCAACAUUAGAGACAUCAUACGCCGGUACAUCAACAAAACCACUCAGGUGCUAGCUAUCGUGAUGGAUGUGUUCACAGACACUGAGAUUCUCUGUGACCUCCUGGAGGCAGCUAACAAGCGCAUGGUGUUUGUCUACUUGUUGCUUGAUCAUGGCAAUAUAAAUCUCUUCUCAGAGAUGUGUGACAAGUUGCAAAUUGCUGAGGAUCUCUUCAAGAAUAUUUCAGUCCGUAGUGUUACUGGAGAGGUUUACUGUGCCAAAUCAGGCAGAAAAUUUUCAGGACAAAUACAAGAAAAAUUUCUUAUCUGUGACUGGAGAUACGUGCUUUCUGGAUCUUACAGUUUCACAUGGUUAUGCGGCCAGGUUCACCGCAACCUCCUCUCCAAGUUCACGGGUCAAGUUGUGGAGCUGUUUGAUGAAGAGUUCCGACACCUUUAUGCGCUGUCCAAGCCAGUGAGGGGACCAAAGUCUCCACCACGCACCAUGCCCUUCCUCUUCAGCAAGAGCUGGGCCCCCCCGCGCAGCCUCCCCUACAGCGACGAGGGAAGCGCCAACACUCUUUCCGAUCCGUUCAGCAGCCUCUCAGCUGGCAGCACCCACCAGGCCAAGCAAACCCCAAGAACUCUCAUAUUCAGCAGCAACUUCACCCCGCAGCCACCACUCCAGAGAGUUAAUUCCUUCCACAGCUAUGUCUCAUUCACACCCCCCCCACCACAGGCAGCCAUCCAGGCUAACUACUAUCAGCCGCACUACGGGGCCGAUAACUCUGCAGUUCUCUAUAACAACAUGAACAUUUACAGACCCAUAAGACUUAGGCAAGAGGAGCCAAACAGGACAGGGUUAAGCUCACCCUGGAGAUGCCUCCACAAAGCUAACCUGUUUGCAUAAUAACCGCCUUGUUUUGAAUUGCAAGUAAAUGUAGUGAGGACCUGUUUAGCAAUCACUUGUGUACUGAUGAAUAUAGAAAUUCUGUAUAAUACAAAAUGAGGAUGAUUUCAAGCCUCUUGUUUUGUUUUGCUACUUAUGGAUGCUUCAUUUCCCUAAUUAAAAAGCCAAACUUGCUACCAUGUAAACCUUGGGUGCUUCACAAGCCCAGGAAGAACACAUCUAAAUAAUGCUGCUCACCGUGCAGCACUGCUGCUGCCUGUCACCUGCCCUUGGCAGCGUAUCUGUGUAGCAGUAGAUUUAGGUGAUUACUGUUUUCCAUAGGGCAGGCACCUGAAAGUGGGGAAAACACAGUUUAUUACGCUACAUUUUAUGCACUUGCAUAAGGAGACAGAAGGCUGCUAUUUAAGUGCCAAACUGAGGCAAUGUUGGCAGAAGCAGCCUACCUUUGUGCUGUCGUCUCACCUUAAUCUUGGUUUAGGAGGACUCCUUUAGGUCUGACAGGGAAGCACAGUUUCUACCACUGCACUGCCACUGAGCUUUCUGCUUAAAUGCAGAUCAAGGACGUCUGUUCCCAGGGUUUCUAGGAAGGGGCCUACUAACUGUGACACGGACCGAGACCGACAAUUCCGGUGACAGAGGACAUCUUGCAGCCACCGUAUGCUCGCUCCCACUCAUUAGCAACUCGGGUGCCUUCCAGCACACUUUGUUACAAACCUCCAAUCCCACUGGCUCAGAACAAUUUUCCUUAUUGCAGAGCUGCUCUUUAGAUCCAGAUUGGAAAAUGAAGCUGAGUGAAGAAGUGAAGUCCUACUAUUAACGCACCAGGACUGAGUUCCAAUUCAUUAAUAGCAUGUGGGUCUUAGAAAUCCUCUCAGCAGCCAUUUGAUUGAACAUUAAUUUAGAUGUAAUGUUUUAUUUCAGAGUUCUUCAAGGUUUCUAAUUUUUAAAGAGAAACUGGGUGUCUGUAGUGCCAACUGAGUUACAGAGGGAAUUACAGAGAUUCAUCAGCUUGAACCAAACCAGAAAAACUUUCUGCCAAAUAAUCCAUGAAAAUGAAGAAAGCUUCUGUAAGUGGAAAGCAAAAAAUAGUAAGAAAAUACAUGAAACAGGAUUUCCAUCCAAAUCCCAAAGUCACUAGAUUCCCAACAUCUGUUGAUUUAUCAGUACUUUUUUUUUUUUACACCUGCUUUAUAUCAUCUUUCAUCUGACUCCAACAGCAAACCUAAAAACAUUUGCACAUCUGGCCCAUUUUGCCUGACUUCUCACCUGCUCAAAAAGGAAUGUAAUUUAAUUAUUUAGGCUGUGGAUUAUGAAACCUGUACGCAGCAGCAAGAUCUCAGGUGAGCAAAGUUUCUCAUCCUUGGAAGUGCAAUCAUUUUGAAAGACUACUGGUAAAGUUUACAGAACAUUAUAAAAGGUACAGGAUGAACACAUCCUCCUCUAGCUUCAGUGUGGACGUUUUACCUGUGAUACCACAUUUUGGAGUCCAGAAUAACAAUAAAUUAUUGCAUAUAAUUGUAAAUUCUGUACAUAGCAACAUUCUUCAGAUUUCUUGGGAAGAAGGGAAAGUUUUCAUUCCUGUGACAAUUCUACUUAUCUAAAUAUGGCAACCACUCAAAUAAAAGAGAUUAAUUUAAUUAAAAUCCCUUUGAGAGUCAUUUUGUUUCUUCAUAUUCUUUUGACUUGUGCACCUUGACUCUCUUCUCUUACAAAAGCUAAAUGAGUUCCAUACAGUCAGAGCUCAGGUGAAAAGGAAACAUUUUUUUUCUUCUGAAAUCAACAGGAACAGAAAUAAACAUAUGUGUAUGUCCCCAGCCUAAUUAAGACUUUUCUUCUAAAUUUGGUUCAGUUCCCUGAUUGUGUUGUGCCCCAACUGAGGGUGGCACAGGGGGGGGGGGGGGGGGGGGGGGGGUUUAUGGGGAGAAGUCUGUAGACCACUACCUCUGAAGCCUUCGUUUCCUCAGACCAUGACCAUGAAAUCCCCGAACGAGCUCUUCUCAUCUCUGUGGGGCAAGAUAGUUUGCCUACAGAAAUUUUGGAAAACGCAGCUAAUGAAAGGGAGUUAAGGUGCAAGCUAAUAACCCAGGAGUUAAGAUAAGCUGAUUUCAACUCUGGAUCAGGGAUAAAGUUUGUGCUAGUUCAGACGACCGCUGCACUUCAGCAUCAGAUGAAUGGAAUUUCAGUUUUGACAGAAAACAAACAGUUUACAAUUUCAGCAAUGAGUUAUGCCAAAACUCCUAACAGCUUGAUCACUCAGUGAUGCGGGGAACAUGUGGUUACAGGCAGCUGCAGAAACUACCUGUCAGGAAGGUCACGGCAGGAUGCUGACAUACCUCGUUCCGUGUGAGGGAAGGGCUCGAAUUAACACUGGUACCAUACAGUGCCCCCUCAGCAAGUCUGCGGGUGACAGCAAGCUGAGUGGUGCCGUUGAUUCACCGGGGGGAGGGAUAAUGUCCAGAGGGACCUGGACAGGCUGGAGUCACCCCGUUUCCUCCUUCUGGCUCUGCCAGGGAACGUAAAUCCUUGCCCUGCAGGCUCUGGCCCCUGGGGAAGAGCACCUGCCACAUGGUGCCAUCUGCUGCCCAGCACUGUGGCUUUCAGGUGGCCUCUUCUACAGCACCAACGGGAAAGACCAAGACUUAGUGCUUCCUGGCAGCACCUGCAGCCGACUGCUGGAGCAGAGUCCCUGCUGGCAGCAGGCCCUGCAAGACCUGGAGAGGCAACCUGGGGUCCUGGAGAUGGAGAACCACUUCCUGAGACAGAGAAGUUCUCCAGAAGCGUGCAAGGAGGCAGAGAGGUUCCAGCAGAGAAAUGCUCAGCUAGCUGCCCUCACUGAGCGGCUGAAAGAAAGAUGCAGGCAGCUGCAGGUCACCAUCAGGCAGCUGAUGCACACUCCAGUGCCACUGCCCAGCCAAAGCUCCGCUGAGGAACUGGGCAUGAAAUCAUUUCCUCAGCAGAGGGCUGGAGAAAGGAGAGAGCCUGCCAGAGCUUUGCUGGCACAGGACCAGCAGAAUUAAGUUGUGCCAAAGGUGGCUGAGGAGCUCCAGGCCCAACUGGCUGCAGACAAGGGCUCAUAUUAUGUGAGCAGCCUCAGUCAGAGGUGUGAGGAGCUAGAGGUGCAGCUUCUGGAGAUGACAGAUGAAAACACCAGACUGGAUGAAGAAAAUUCUCACCUCUGUGGGCAGAUGCUCUGGGCAGAAAAGGUUCAAGCUGAAAACACUGACCUGGAACAGACGUGAGUGGAGAGGAGGGAAAUGCUGCCAUCCAAGCCAUCAGCCAUCUGCAAACCUGAUGGGAAGUUGCAGAGCACAGACUGAAAGCCCCGAGACAUGGCAAAAAGUGCUCAGAGAGAAAUAAAAAGGGACCAUGGAGAAGCCAACUGUUUUGAGCCCAGGUGAGUGAACCAGAGAAUCGGUUUCAGGGCCCCUCAGAGUCAGCUUGGGCAGAGGCCAGUCCUGGGUCCUGCCUUCUUUCAGAGGAGGACCCCGCAAGUGAGACCGAAGAACCAGUAGCAGACAAACAGUCUGUCAUCCUGCAGGCUCUGGGACAAGAACUGGGAAAGCUUCAAACAUUCAUAGCUUGGUACAGCUACAAUCCUUUUGAUGGUGGCAGUGGGCAGCCUGAACUAGCUUCCUCUAACUUCUAGACAAGCUGUUUAUGUCCUUGGGCGGGGAGAGAGCUGGUGGAUGGCACAAGAGGAUUCAUCCCCUCUACUUUUGCUGAAGAAGAUUCAGACGUUGACCUGCAAAACAAGAACUGGAAUGAUCCUUGUUAUUACAUGUUUGGUCUCUCGCCUAUUUUGCAGGAAGAUGAAGAGCAUCUAGAUGUGGGUGGAGGGGGCUAAAAAGCAUAAAUAAAUGUAGCCCGUAUCAACCUCCAGAAUAUUUACAAAGUGAACUUAAAAGUGAUUUUUUCUGUAGACUUCUAUAUUUUGUGGAAGGGGGGGACCUCUGUAGGGCAGCAGGGGCCUCCAGUGGGCCCCAGCAAAGCCCAGACGAGGCCCCAAGGCAGUCUUGAGGGGAAUUAAGGGUGCAAAGCUCCCUGCUGAGCCCAGCUAUUGUCCUGGAGUGCUCUGGAGGGUCAUUUGGGGCCUGCACAAGCCCCUGCAGAGCCCAGGUCAGGCCCUGGGGUACUCUGGAGUGUAAUUAUGGCCCCACAUGGGUCCCUGCAGAACACAGCAAAGGCCCCUAGGGCUUUCCAGACAGCACCUCUGCCAUUAGAGCAACACUGCUGUUAGCAGCACUGGGGACCCUCCUCUCGGGGCUGGUUGGUGUCUUCACCGUGAGGAGCAGAAAGAAGCAAAACAGCAAGUGGCAUUGCCCAAGGGACCAUCUGUAGGCAUUGCUCACACACCAGCAUGUGUUUCCAGGGCACCUCAAACCCACUGCUGCCCACGCGUUCGCACCCUGGAAGCAAGCUGGAUGAAUAGGCUGGGCUUGGCCAGGCUUUCCAGAGCGUCCCCAUGUCCUUUCCCCAGCCCAAACCGGCCCUGCAGGUCUUCUGGCUCAGCAAUGCUUCUGCUGCUGGCGUCCUUCAAGUGUUGCCCAUUAAAGCACUUGAGUCUGAUGCCUGGCCGUGUGCCUGCUACUGGAGGUAGCAUGGGGGUGGUGAGUGUGCAAUCGCUGCCCACACAGAAAGCACCCAGAGGAGCACGGGCUCAAGGACGUCCCCUGUGCUUGCUGCUCGUGCUCCUUGGGAGCGUUUCACUGACUGCUUCUUCCACAGGCUGCUUCCAGUCACUAGGGACUUCACCUGACUGCCAUAACUUUUCAAAUAUCGUGGAGAGUUGCUUGGCAACUACAUCAGUCAGUUUCCUCAGGACUCUGGCACACAUCUCCUCAGGUCCCACAGACUUAUGUAUGUUCAGGUUCUGCAGGUAGUCAUGAACCUGAUCUUCCCUUAGAGUGGGAUGGACUUUGCUCCCCCAGCCCCUGCCUCGAGAGGUGUGGGAAGAGAGGUUGCCAGUAAAGACUGAGGCAAAAAAGUUGAGUAGCUCAGCUUUCUCAUCAUCCAUUGCUACCAGUUUGCUGGUUCUUCCACAGGCUACUUUUUU